AUGACAGACCACAGCAGUUUGCAAUGGCUCAAGUCAAUGAAGGGUCCGACUAAUAGGCUCGCCAGGUGGAUAAUAUACCUACAAGAAUUGGACUACGAAAUAGUCAUCAUCAAAGGUAUCCAUAAUGACCUAGCGGACCCACUUUCAAGAAUGUUCGAGGAAGAAAAACUCCAGUUAGCAUCAGUAACUUGGUCCCAGACCACUAAAGAUGAAUGGUACAGACAACAAUACCAAAAAACUCAGAAUACCCAGAAGACAAUCCGCGAUGGAAAAUCGUCGGAAAAAUCCUCCAACGCCGCAACAAUCAUCGAAGAGUUACAUAAAUUAAUAAACCGUAUUGGAACACCAGAAGUCUUUCACUCUAACAAUGGAUCAGAAUUCAAAAACACAGAAGUGGAUGAUUUGCUAAUAUCCAAAAAAAUCAUCCACUCAACAACACCGGUUCACCACCCGCAGGCAAACCCGGUCGAAAGAGUAAACCGCACUCUUAAAGCGAUGAUCAGGUCUUACAUCGUCGACUCUUAUUUAAAAUGGGAUCGAAAUUUACCAGAGCUAUCGUUCGCUCUCAAUACGGCGGUAUCAAGUGCAACUGGAAAAAGCACCGCCCAACUAAUUUACGGCUGCAUUUUAGAUCCACCCAACACAGUCCGUAAGCAACAAGACCGUCUAGCCCAAGACGAGCUACAGCGAUCACUUGCAGACCGCUGGUACGAGCACAUGCAGGAGCUAACACAAACGCUCUAA